GCUGAGUGAAAUUUUAUAUAACAAGGCUGAAUACAUCGAGACAGCGUCAGGCAAUAAAGUGAGCAGGCAGUCGGUUCUUUGUGGGAGCCAGAACAUUGUUCUGAAUGGAAAAACCAUAGUGAUGAAUGACUGCAUCAUCAGAGGAGAUCUGGCUAAUGUCAGAGUUGGCAGGCACUGCGUCAUCAAGAGCAGGAGUGUGAUCCGGCCACCGUUUAAAAAGUUCAGCAAGGGGGUGGCUUUCUUCCCCUUGCACAUCGGAGAUCACGUGUUCAUAGAGGAGGACUGUGUUGUAAAUGCGGCUCAGAUCGGCUCAUACGUUCACAUCGGGAAAAACUGCGUCAUCGGUCGGCGGUGUGUGUUGAAAGACUGCUGUAAAAUACUGGAUAACACGGUCCUGCCUCCGGAGACAGUCGUUCCUCCGUUUACAGUGUUCUCUGGGUGUCCAGGGUUAUUUACCGGAGAGCUGCCAGAGUGCACACAGGAGCUGAUGAUCGAUGUGACCAAGAGCUAUUAUCAGAAAUUCCUCCCACUAAGCCAAAUCUAACCACGGAUGAUUAGAUCUUCAAACCAGACUCUUUCUAUCUGUCAUUUCCUCCCUUCGCUGAAAUAUGAAGGAUGUUUCUAACUGAUACAGAUCUGUAUGUUUAUCUUUAGUCUAACUCCAUGAACACUGUGUUUUAUAUUUAAGCACUCUACAUGUAAGUGUGUGUGUGUAGACGGAACACAGACUGCGCAGGGAGGUCGAUUGUUUCCCUGAGCAGUGUGUAAAAGACUGAAGUCAGGAGGGGCAGAAGUUGAGGAGCGGUCUUUAUGAAAAGCGUGUAUUUAUUGUGUAGAUUCUGCAGCACAAAAUGUGUCUCUGUGAAAACACACCCUCGCUGAUUAUAACAGACAUCACAUGA